UUUGCACAAAAUGUGUCUCUUUUUUCCACUUGAAGUGAAAUUUGUUCCAGGGCAAAUGGUUGAGAAUGUUACAGAGUUUUUGCAGAAUAUUCUAGAAUGAUUUCAAGGGAAGUCACUGGGCCAAAGAGUUCUGUUUUAGGAAUAGCUCCAUCAGGUUUUGUCUUGUUCCACAUCUCAGUUUCAGUUUCUUCCUCUGUAACAUCAUAUUCAUGAUCCCUACUUCAUGGAUUUGUGACAACUCAAUGAGAUCAAAUAUAAGAAAGGCCUUCAAAGGCUGUGCUUUUGGGGGCAGGACAGAUUGGCUCCUCUGACACCAAUAUGGCCCAUCAGGUGCUGUGGAGGAGGUGCCCACUUUUCCUUCUGGACCAUACUUGUGUAGGAUACAUGGCUGUGUGCAUUGUGCCCUUUUGUGUUGUAGUGCCAUAGUGCCCCUAUGUAUGUAAUACGGGGCAUAGUCUGUCCAUAGCUUGCAUCAUUUCUGUGGAUAGAGACCAAAUUAUAACAUAGGAACCUGCUGGCUGCCUCUCCUAGACUUUUUCAGCUCCUGAUCCCCUGGGUGCCAGUGGAGCGCAGCCCCAGCAGACUGCUCUAUUGAAGUUCUUCUCUUGUGUUAAGUGUCAAACUCCUGUGUGAAGACUAUACUUGUAACUUUAGUGUAUCUGCCUGAUGACUUCCAGGGGAUCCUCUUUUUCCUCUUGCCAAUCCAGGAAAUUCAGAAAAUUUCGCCAAAAUUCCCUCAUCUUUUUACCCUUGACAGACUGAGUGGAAGCCAGGUCUGGUGAGUUAGUGUUUGAAACAGUGGAAGCCCUUUCCCAUGAGGAGACUGAAAGGGGCCACCAUCCCCUUGGGACAGUUGUGUCAUCUUGAAUAUGAAAUACCUAGCAGUUUAGAUUAGCACAGUUUUGCAUGUGUCUAGAUGAUAGAAGAUGGAAAUACCACCUUGAAUGCUGUGGCAUUGGCCAGUAGACUUGUAACUUUGAUGGCAUAAAAAGCAAAAGAAGGAAGUUUCACUUUUGCUACAGAAGAGCAGAGGGAACUUUGCCUAUGCAUUUGGACAUCCAUCUCCAGGCUUCUGGGCAGACUGCAGCCUUCCUGCACAGAACCUCUGCUUCCUAAUACACACUCACAGUGGAUUCUGCAGCGUGCUGCAAGUUUUCCACCUUUGAACAGAUCUUCUUCUGUCCAGGAUGCAUAUGGCCUUUUGCAUAUAAUGUUUUAUGUUAAAUAUGUUCUAACAUAUGGGGCCAUUUCCAUUUUUCUCAGCUGUUUCUUAGGGCUCAAGAUAAAGGCCUGUUUUCCUCCAUUCUUUCUCUUGUGUCAUUUGCAUUUUCUUUACUAUGCUCAAGCUACAUUUCUCAUUUCUGGGACAAAAAAAAAAACUUGACAUCACAAGUUAAUGAAGGAAGUUUAUUCAGCUCAUAGUUUGUAUGUAUUUUUUUUAUGGGGAGCCAAUGGGAUCCUAAGUCCAGCCAAGAUAGCAGUUCACCAGAACAAAGAGACCAUGACACAGGGCCUACCCUGGGUUUCAUCAAUUCCCCAAGAGGGAAAUGGCUCAGGGAUGUUGACAGGGAGAGUGACCGAAAACACGACUGCUAUGACUGCUUCAGAGUGGUGGGAAAUAUGUGUCUACCAUUACUACUAUGAGCUGGGCUAGGUAGGAGGUCUGAGAUCACCUCUGUGAUAUUAUGCAGAGAGCAAAAAAUUCAAAAAGGAAAAGUAAUUCACAUAACCUAACUGAGGUAGUACCAAUAAUUUGGGAUUGGUGCUUCAGUUCUGAUGUAAAAUCCUUUUUAUUCUGGGAACUCACAGCCCCUUUCUCAUGUGAUUAAUCAUAUUUUUAGCUUAUAAUUUAUUGUUAGUUUAAAAUGACUUGUCCAUGCUUUUAUGAAAAAUACAUUUGUGCAUUUAAGUUAAUUUCAUAUUAAAUAUAAAUAUACUCUUACUAUUCGAAAAUGUGGUUUGUAUUAAAUAUUUUACUUUUAAAUGUUUCCUUUUUAUCAAUUAUUUUCCUUGCUAAUGUUUCUAAGAGCCUGAAUAAAAUCUUUCUGUUUUCCAGUACUGUAUUAUAACUGUACCCAUCUUCACAGAAAAUGUUAAACCAAUUUCUUUGUGUCCGUCAUAGCUGAAAUUGUUCAUCUUGUUUUUGGUAACAACAUUAUUUAUUUCAGUUAACUCAACUUUAGCUAACCAACAUAAACAACAGUAAUGUACCCUUGUUAGUGACUUUCUUAUGCAUGAAAUUAAUCACUUAAAUGAAUGAAUUUUUAAAAAUGGAUGAGUUUAUGUUCUUAUUUUACUAGGACCCUUAGAUUCAUCAUUUAAAAAUCUUAAACUUAUGGGUAGAAUGCUAGAAUAAUUUCUUGCAUGGGAGAAUAUGAUGAAAAAUGUUUUCCUAUACUUUCUUUCCUGUUUCCCAAAUGACUUAGAGUAUUUAUAAAAUAUGUAUCUUUAAAAAAGAGAAAAUAAACUUUAGAAUUCUUCUAUUUCAAAUACUAUCAAGGAAAGGAGUACACAGAAAUUGAAUUAAGAAAUUUUCCAAAAGUUUAAUCAAAUUAUCUCAUCUAGAUUGUUUUUCAACUGCUAAACAAUUCUGAUUGGAGCAUUUUGACUGUAUAUCUUUAAUAGGGAAAGUUAAAGAAAUCUGUAAGUUGAAAAUGAUCCAAUUAUAAUAGGAGUUUAAUUCCCAGGCAGACAAUGGGUGAACAUUCUCGUUCCUUUAUUUUCUCUUCUACUUGGUGAUUUAGGACAUAGCCUGGUUUUUCAUGUUAGAGCCCUACUUUUCCUUGACAAACUGUGUUCCACCUCAAGACCACUGAAAUGAAAUGGGGCCCUCCAUGAAGCAAUAGUCUUUAUUAAUAUCUUUGGUACAAGUCUCCCUUUCACUCAGACUUACUAUCAGUGGAAAUAAGCAAUUAAAUGAAAAAUAAUAAAACAUACUAAUAACUGCAUUGGAAUCCCCUAAAUAACAAAUAUUAAUAUGAAAACAUUUGAAUCUUAAUUUUGUAUGUGAAAGUGUGAAAUGAAACUUAUUACCUUAAAAUAUUUGUGGACAAGAGAAAUUAUAUGAAAUAGCAAAUUUAUUUCAGACAUAAAAUAGUUCAACAUUUCACAUUUGUUGUUAAUUCUAUGUACAGAAAUGUUAUUUCUGCUUUCUAAUGUGAUGACAUGAAACUUUAAAGAACUAGUUUUCUUCUGAAAUUUUCAAUAUCAGCAUAGUUAGCUUUUGAUUAAUUUUUAUUGCAAUGAGUAACUCAAAUGGUCAGUGCCUGUUGGCAAUUUUUAAUCUAUCAUAAGAUAUUUAACUGUUCCAUGAAAAUGUCCUCUGAGUACAAUGUAUGUAUUGUCUUUUUGUUAAAAAUAGCCACAAGCACUGUAAAACUGGUUAAAAAACUUGAAAAAAAUAAAAAUAUGUAUGCAUAAACAAUGUUAAAUAUCACCUAAUAAAUCCAUGCAUGACUCAGAAGCGAAAUAUUUUUGUGUCUCUCUAAUAUAUCAACUACAAAACUUGGUAUUUUAUGGUGCACUGUAGGAAAUAAAACUCAUACAGUAUAGCUUAUGAGAAAAAAUAAAAAUUUUGAUAACUAUCUCUGAAGCUUUGACAGUACUGAGAAAAAGAUAAUUUCUUAAAUUAAGUAUUAUAUGAGUACCAUUUUAUUUUCCAAAAUAGCUAAUAUAAAAGAAAAAUAUUUUCCAGAAGUACUUAUGUGUAUAUAUAAAUACAAUUAAACUACAUAUAAUCAAUAUUAAGUACUAGUUAAAUUGUAUAUAUAAACAAUAACCCAUAUAUAUAUAUAUAUAUAUAUAUAUAUAUAUGAACAAUGGAGGAAAGAAAAUAUAAAAGGGAAGGUAAGAGGAAGGGAAAAUAGAAAAUAAAACUCACUGUAUCACAAAAGGAUUGUAAAGCAUAACAAGCUAUGUAUAUGAAGUCAACAAAAUUUAAUUCUCAAUUAAAGCAUUAUGUUGGUGUUACAUUUUUUAUUGUAACAUACUUAGUGACUUUUGGUAUAUUAAAUUAUCAAAAGUCUUUACUGAAUGUUGUGUUGGGUCCACUUACUGAAAAGUCCUCCAUUUUUUUUGGGGGGUACUGGGGAUCAAAGUAAUGACUUUGUACUUGCCAGGCAGAUGCUUGUGCUUUGAGGUACAUCCCAGGCCCCAUGGAAAGCCUUCCUUUCAACAUUAUUCAGUGGUUUUUAAACUGUGAGAGCUAUUCAAAAUCUUUUUAAAUGAACUUUUAAUUUUAAAGUUACUGAGGCAUAUAUAAAUGUGAUACACUAAAAUAUUUAGCAUAAUUUGUUUUAAAAAAUUGAAUCAACAAGUGGAAAUUUUCCUUUGAUGACAUUGUGCCAUCCUCGGAUUCUAUGUUGGUAAUUUAGAAGUGAGAGAGAAAUUCCUGCAGUAAUACUGUUAGGUCCUCUUUUGAUCUGAAUUUUUUCCUAACACAAUACUCCUUUUUUUUUCCUGUCAAAAUUUGUUAAGCACUACCCUUUUCUCAGAAUUGAAAGACACUCUUUUCUAUAAAUUUUUCUACUCUUUUUAGUAUGUACUGUAUUCUGGAGAUCCCUUUGAGCGUUUCUUAUAAUUCUAAUGGUUAUAUUAUUGUGCCCUUUUUCUUGGAUUUCUGUGAUAACACUGUGUAUUCCUUUUGUUCUGGGUCUUAGUUACUUUUUCCAAUACUGAGACAAUAUACUCAGCCCCCAGAAUUCAAAGAAGCAAGGUGCAUCUUGUCUUACAGUUUGUACAGAUUUCAGUCCAUAGGCAACUUCACUGCAAGACAGGAUGGCAUAGCAGAGGCACAUAGCAUGGAGAAAAAGACUGUCACUUGGCAGGGCAGGCAAAAAACAGCAGCCCUAGCAGCACCAGCAGUGAGGUAGCAGAGCAGCUUCUUCGUAUCCCUUUGUGGUCCACCCAGACUACCAACUUUCAGGUAUGUCAUGGUGUAUGCUGGUGUAUGCUGGUGGCCCCCAGGGCUCAUGCAUUUGAAUUAUGCAUUUGUGAUUGGUUCAUUGUCUAGUGGACAAUGGGUUGGAUUGCUGGUGUCAGUGCUAUACCCACAUAGGGGUGGAACCGGAGUGCAACGUAAUGGCAGGAAGAAGGUGUGUGUGUCUCUCCCUCUCUUGCUGGUUUCUGUUUGCUGUUUGCAGCUGCCAGAAACUGUAGGCCUGCCAUGCCAGCCUGCCAUGGAGCCAACUGAGUAUAGAUUGAAACCUCCCAAAUCUUUUCCUUUCUCAACUUUGAGCAUCAGGUAUUUUUGUCUUAGUGACAAGUAGAAAGUAACUAAGACAAGGUGAUUCCACGCCCAUGCAGGGCCGGGCACUCCAAAUCCCAGCAUCACAGCCUUAUGCCAAUGUCACACACUUUAACCUGGUCACCUUUGAAUCUCUCCAUGACUGCUUGAGACUUUGGGGGAAAUAUCAGCCAUAACAAUCUGGAAACCGAUUUUCAAUUUUAUUACUGGACACCUAGCCUAAGUAUAGACUUUGUAGUAGAGAUUUGUGCUCUGUGUUUAACAAAUGAUUUAAUUGUGUUACAUUAUGAGAUAUGAAAAUCUCAAAGAUUAAGGUUUAAAAGUUGAAUAUUUUUAAUUAAUCAUAAUUCUAGAAUUUAUUGCUCAGAUUCUGAUUCUGUAAAUUAGGUGAGGAGCUUUUGCUACCACUUUGAUGCAAUUAUAUGUGUUUAAAAUUACAUGUUUAGUUAAGUGAAAAUUAUAAAAUGUACAAAUUUGAUGCCUUCAAACAUGUACCUCAAAUCACAUCCCAAAAUCAAGAAAGAAUCAUUGAUAACAACAAGCCAAUAGUAAUACAGACAUUUCUAUGUAAUGACAUAGAAUAUGUCACUAAUGUAAAUUAAAAAUGAAUCAUUUCUCUAGGUAUAUUUUAAAUAUUUCCAUCAAUGUAGAUAUUUUCUUUAUAUUUCUUCGCAUAUCAGCAAUUGUACUCAUUUAUAGGUUCUAGCUCAUCAAUUUUUAUUGGAGGCAAAUAAUACGUGAGUAUAUAAUUUUUAUAUACUUCUUAAUUGAUGAAAAUUUAGAUUUUUUAGAAUUAAUAAUAAUUCCAGUAUAUCUAAUCUAAAGAAAAGAAGGGGAGUGAAGGAAAGAAGAGAGAACUGGAGGGAGGGAGAGAGAGGAAGGAAACUAUGAAGACAAAGACAUCCUCUCUUGCUUUUUAGAGAGCAUUGACUGUAGAAAGCUUCUCACUAUAAUUUCUCUCUCUUUGAAAUUAGGUAAAUAUUUUAAACAACUAAAUCUUUUUGGCAGAUUUAUGACUUAAAAAUAUCUUCCUAAAUCAUGAAAAUUGUCUCUUUGAUAUAUUGCUAUUAAGAAAGUUUGGAGAUUUUAUCUUCUAGUUUCUUUCAUUGAUUAAUCAACUGAUUGAUCACUGAAGAUUGAAUUGAGGGCCUCCUGUAACACAGACAUGCACUCUGUCACCCAAUAACUGCACUCUUACUCCAGUUUUUUUAAUUUUUGAAGUAGAAUACAGCCUAAUUUACAUGAAUAUCUAGUUAUACAUUGCAAAACUGUCUUUUCAUAACAUAACAAAGCUCACUUUUCCUUUGAAUUGGUGCUUAACUAGCACAUAGGAUCAUUGUAAUUAACAGGUGCAUUUAAAAUGAGCUUUGAGGGACAAGGAGCUUUGUUUAGCCCUUUUACUUGAGCACUCACAAUUUUGUAUUUUGAAAAAGGUGUAGGCAAGGAGCAUCUGGUUGGUUGUACAAACAUAGUAACAUUUCCUUAAUCUUUGUAAACAGUUUGAGAGACUCAGUGACCACCAUGGUAGGACAAAGGUUAAAUGAACCAAAUGAGCUUCUGUGCAUGGUAGAGUACUGUCCGUUGUAGUGUAGUACAAGGUUCUAGCCUUGUGAUUAUUUUAGCUGACCUUGUCAAAAAGAGUCUGAUAAAAGUACAAAGUCAAUGUGUUUCCAAAAAAAUGACAAAGAUGUUCUCAAGGGGGGAAAAAUUCUUAGGUAAACCUUCUAGUUUAUAUCACUGAUUUCAGAGUUCACACAGCCGGGAAACAGAUUAUUAGUUUCCUGCUAAUUAUACUGUAGAUAACAUGAGGUAUUGUGACAGUUGCCUGGGUUACUUUGUAGAAACUUGAAGGCCGCAUUGUUGAUAACACUUAGCUUCCCUUGUAUCUACGGAUACCUGAUGGGCGGCUGAAGUAGAAAUCUUUGCAAACAUAAUUUGUUUCUGUUCUGUCUGCUGUUCUACCCUUUCAAGUUGUCUAAGUCUAUCAUACAGGGUUAAUUUCACUAUUUCCCAUUGGAGCUGGUAUGUGUGUUUGCUUGUUUAUUUAUUUGUUUUCCCCUACAUUUCUUGUUCUAGGGUGCAGAUUCUCUAGUCUGGACUGUUUUGUGCAGGAUGAAGGUGCCAGCCUCAUAAAACUUCAGCAGCCAGUUGGAAAGUUCACUGUGACCACCUGAGUCUAUCUAGCACAAAAAGCAGCAUAUUUUAGAGCCUUGCAACUGGUCAAUGGAAACUAAUGCACUUUGUCACACUGCAGCAGACAAUCAACAAUGUGCUGCUCUCUUGGUUCUGCAAGCAGCUUGUGCAAUCCCUUGAUCAAUGCUGACACCUUGACGCCUUGAUGCUGAUGCCUCAAUUACCUGAAGCAUGACCCUCCUCCAGUAAAGCUCUGUAUGUGAAAGGAUUGCAAUUUGAGAGUCAUCCAUAUAUAAAAUGGCAUUAAAUGCUACCUGGCCACGGUGACACAGGACUAAUUGCCAACACUCUGGGAGGCUGAGCAUUGAAUGUGACAUUUGAGCAAUGAAAUGUAUUUUUAAAGACUACCUAAACUGAGCUGAAACAACAGAAUUGUGGAAUUCAGCUACUCCACCAACAAAGCAUACACACUCCAGGAAAAGGAAAAUAGAAUGUUUUUUCAACAGAUGGAACAACCCUCAUAUGGGGAACCCUGGAGGAUGUCGAACAUCACGGAACUCCACUGCUCUGCCAGACCCUAGGGAAGAAGCUGGAAAAGCGAGUGCAGCAAUCUCAGUGACCAAGGGAUCGAACUCAGGACUGCCUGCUUGCAAGGUUAUCACAUGCCGGGCAGCCAUUGCCUGGACAGCAAAUGCCCCACUGUCCAUUGAGGAGGUUGAAGUUGAUCCACCAAAGCCUGGAGAAGUUCGAAUUAAGAUUGUAUCCUCUGGGCUCUGCGGUACUGAUAAACACAUCUUGGAAGGGAAAGACAAAGUGCCACUCCCUUCAAUUUUGGGCCAUGAGGGAACUGGCAUCGUAGAGAGUAUUGGAGAAGGUGUAACCACUGUCCAGCCAGGAGAUAAAGUCUUAAUAUUUCUUCUUCCUGAGUGUGGAGAAUGUAGAUACUGCUUGCACCCCAAGGGGAACAUGUGUGUUAAGGAGAAUAUCCUCUCACCAACUGGAUUAAUGUUAGAUGGAACCAGCAGGUUUACAUGCAGGGGAAGGAAGAUUUACCAUCUUUAUGGCACCAGCACAUUCACCGAAUAUACUGUAGUCCAUGAAAUUGCGGUGGGAAAAAUCGAUGCUGCUGCUCCUUUGGAUAAGGUCUGCAUCAUGAGCUGUGCAGUGCCUACAGGCUUUGGAGUUGUGUUUAACACUGCCAGGGUCACCCCAGGUUCCACCUGUGUGAUUUUUGGACUCGGAGGAAUUGGCUCAGCAGUUGUCAUGGGCUGCAAAGCCUCUGGUGCCUCCAGGAUCAUUGGGGUUGACAUCAUUGAAGACAAGUUUCCCUGGGCGAGAGCACUCGGAGUCACUGACUGUCUCAACCCACAGAACCUCAAGAGACCUGUCCAGGAGGUGGUGGUGGAAAUGACAGGUGGUGGUGCUGACUUUGCCUUUGAAGCUGUUGGACUCACUGAUACCAUGGUUGCAGCUUUUGAGUCAUGCCACGUGAGCUAUGGGGUGUGUGUGAUUAUCGGAGUAGCACCCUCUGCUGCAAAACUCUCUUUUGACCCACUGAUGCUUCUUCCGGGUAGGACUCUGAAGGGGGCCACCUUGGGAGAGUAUAAAACAAGAUCCUGUAUUCCUAAACUGGUAACAGAUUAUAUGCAAAGAAAAUUUAACACGGACUCACUUAUAACCCAUCAGUUUCCUUUUGAAAAAAUUAACAAGGCAUUUGAACUGUUCCGCAGUGAACACUGCUGUUUGAGGUGUAGCAUCAAGUUAUUUAUUUGUAUUCGUUCUGUUUUCCUGAUGUGGGAACUCAGUGCAAUAAAUUUUCCUCUCAGGAUGGCUUUCAUUGCAUCCCACAGAUUCCGCAAAGGAUGUCAAUGUAGACAGAAAUUGAUAUACAAUCAGAGAAGAAAUGCAACCCCAAAGAGUCAAUGCAAAAUUCUAAAUACAACAUUCACUGCUGAAGAAAGCCAUACCAGAACAAGAAGAUGCAGUGACCAUGUCUACACGAUCCUGAAGAGAAAAACAACAGCUUGAAAUGUACUACAGUUACCACCACCUUCUCCAGGAAGUCCAGAGAGGCAUCUAUUACCAUACUCAAUGACCAGAACAACUGGACUAUUGUUCCCACAAAAUGCCUUGGCUCUUUCCACAUACCUUUUCUGGCUGACUUUUUCCCCUGAUGAAUAAUAUUAGUUAAGCAGCUUUAAGCUUAUAUUUUGGUUGUAGUUUGAGACCCACACUGUACCCACAUUGUGACUUUCCUGUUUAAAUGACUCCUAACAAUAGGUCUGUGGCCAAACACUGAAGACCACUCCUGAAAAUUCAGGGCUACACUUCUCUCUUUUUUUCUAAGAAAACUUUUGAGCUUCUUUUGGUUUGUGACUUCCUUUCUCAAUGUUGUAAGCCAUUAAACUUGGUGCAUUUGACAUCAAACAGGGCAGGAUUAUAUUAAUCUUAUUUGAAUUUGAAUAUGAAAUGUCUGCUAAAGGCCAUGUUCCAAAGCCUGGAUUUCAAGCUGCUUGUUUGCCAUGGGUUUAACAUUUCCAAGAGCUUUUAGAAAUCCUCAGUGUAGUGAAUUUCAGAUGUAUUGCAGGAAGGAAUUACUGUUGUACUGUAGCACAAUAGGUGCCAUUCCUAAGUCUGUGUUGGUCACAGCCUCCUGGAUGCCACUACAUGGAUUUCUUUCCUCUGCAGCAUCACUCAAUAAUUUCCAUUUUAGAGAAAUCAACUUUCACACAGCUUUAUUAUUGUUUUUUUUUUUUUUAGUAGUCUUUCUCUCCCCUUGGUUGUUUAUUUUUUUCAUUUUAGUUUUUUGAUUUAAAGACCUAGUCUCACUUUGGAGUUCUGGCCAGCCUUGCACUCACCUGUAGGUUAGGCUGUCCUUGAGUAUAUGGCCAUUCUCUUGUUUUAGCCUCUUCAUUGAUGUGGAAAAGAGGUGGGCAUUAUAACACAUGGCAUUUUUAUUUUUCUCCUCUCCUUUUCACUAUUAUUCUUUCAUUUCAGUGGCACUGCCUUUUAAUUGUGGUGUUUGCUUGUGUCAGUUAAAGUUUCUGCUGCUUGAGUUGAGUUAUAGGAAACCAAGCUACCCAAUUAAGAAAUGCGGAAUUUCAUUAGCUGGUCUCAGGACCACUUGUAUACAGAAACACCACCCCCAUUUCAGGAUCUAAACAAGAGGCUCUGAAGUGGAAAGUUACAGAUGUUUUAAAAGAUAAAAUCACAAAAUAUCCUGUUGGAAAUCAUUGAGCUAGAAUCUUACAAUAAUUUUUGUAUGAUAAUUGUAUUCUGUUUUUUUUGCUGAGCAGGUUAAAUUUUUUUCAUUGGGUACAGCUCAUUUUGCUUUUCUCCUGGGACUUCUACCCUGAGUGAUUUUCCAUUUUGCUGGGUAAAAUACAGGGCACCAUUUAAAGGCAAAGCUCAAAAUGGCAUCUAUUAUGCCAAGCUACAACAUGGCUAAGUUACAAGCCUCCAUAUUUCCUGGGGUAAAAAUAAUAUAUCUAUAAUCCCCACACUUAAGAGGCUGAAACAGGAGUGCUGCUUUGAGGUUAGGGCAAUUCUGAGCUCUGUAAGGGGUUCAAAUCUAGCUGACAUACAUAGAGAAAACUUGUCUCAAUAAAAUAAAACUAAACAAAUAAAUGCAAACAAAA